GUCUGUGACACUGUCACCUUCUACGCGAUAAUGAUUACAUGUGUAUGAGUAAAUGUAAAAAAGAGUUACAUGUGCACUGUUUCUUCAGUAUGUUACCUUUAGGUUAAAAAUCUGACAUCUUUUCUGUACAUGUAUUUUUAAUACACACGGUUGUGCGAACGUGUUCUACCUCAUGGUGAAAGUUGUUAGAUCAGUUGAGCUGAGCAGGAAUCUAUACAAUGCUGUAUUCCAGAAGCGGGACUCUGAGAGCCGCCGUCCAGUGUCUUACUCGCUCUCUCUGGAGUCCAGGGUCUGUGUGGUGUUCAUGCAGGAAUGUGUCUGUGAAAACAGGGGGAUGGAAAACCAAGAAAGUUCCUCAGAGAUACCUGGGACAGCCAAGCCCGUACACGCACCCUCACCUCAUCAAACACGGUGAGGUGACGCCAGGUCUCACCCAGACGGAGUUUGAGUUCCGUCGGCAGCGCUUGGCGUCUCUGAUCGAGAUGCAGGCAGAACGACUAACAGGUUCUGGAGCCUCUUCAAACUCCUCCCACAUUGUCAUCGUCCUAUCGCAUCCCAUUCGCUACAUGACCAAUGACAUCCCUUACCCGUUCCACCAGAACCAGGACUUCCUGUACCUGACAGGAAUUAUGGAGCCGGACAGCGCACUGGUGAUGUACGGAUCGGGUAAGCCGGAACAGACCGUGUUGUUCGUGCCACGACGAGACCCGGGGCGAGAGCUUUGGGACGGGCCUCGCUCUGGGAAAGACGGAGCAGCUGCUUUAACAGGCCUAGAGCGGGUGCACAGCACAGAGGAACUGGGCGUAGUGCUAAAAAGUAUAAAAGGAGGAACUAUAUGGUAUGACAGCUCUCAGCCUUGCCAUCCACGGUUACACCAAACUCAUGUGCUCCCUCUAUUGGAAGGAGGACGGCUGACGAAGUCUCUCCGACCCCUCACCCAUUCCCUCAGAGCCAUUAAGAGCCCAGCAGAGGUCGCUCUGAUGAAGGAGGCAGGACGGAUCACUGCCCAGGCAUUUAAGAAGACGAUGGCCAUGUCAAGAGGAGACAUUGAUGAGGCCGUUCUCUAUGCAAAGUUUGAUUUCGAAUGCCGUGCUCAUGGCGCAAACUUCCUGGCAUAUCCUCCUGUGGUUGCUGGUGGAAACCGAGCCAACACACUUCAUUACAUCAACAACAACCAAAUAGUGAAGGAUGGAGAAAUGGUCUUGUUGGAUGGGGGCUGUGAAUAUUUCGGUUAUGUGAGCGACAUCACACGCACUUGGCCGGUGAAUGGAAAGUUCAGUCCUGCUCAGAGAGAGCUGUAUGAGGCCGUGCUGGAGGUGCAGUUGGCCUGUCUGUCUCAGUGCAAUCCUGGCGUCAGUCUGGACUAUAUAUACUCCAGCAUGCUCGCGCUGUUGGCCCGGCAGCUCAGAGAGCUCGGGAUCGUCCCACAAAGCACCAGUGAUACAGACACACUGAAGGCUGCUCGGCAGUUUUGCCCCCAUCACGUGGGUCAUUACCUGGGCAUGGACGUUCAUGACACCCCUGAUCUGUCUCGUUCACAACCGCUGCAGCCGGGCAUGGUGAUCACAAUAGAGCCAGGACUGUACAUCAGCGAGGACGACAGCUCAUGUCCAGAGCGAUUCCGGGGUCUUGGGGUGCGAAUCGAGGACGACGUGGUGAUUCAAGACCAUGGGGGACCCCUUAUUCUGUCUGCACACACCCCGAAAACCAUCGCCGAGGUGGAGAGAGCUUGCGCACAAGGAGAGGACUGAAGGAAAAGAGUAACCGAUAGCAAGUCCUUACAGAACUAGUCUGUUUCUUCCGUCUUGUGUAGAGUUUUCUUUAAUACUGGACUCAGGAGGUCUGGAUCUCACAGAACUUGCUCCAGUUACGUAUUGAGGAUUCUGGAAGAUUAAGAGCCGGACGUGUCUGGACAGCGUGCGACGUCUCC